UUGCUAAACAUUUUCGAUGAUUUCCGUUACGUGUUCAGUUUGUUUCGUUUCUGUUUGGUUUAGUUUAGGAUUGAAAUAAAAAGGAUUUUAACUGUUAAUUAACUAGUUAUGAUGUUAUAUCGCAACCUGUUGGGUUCAAGAUGGAAGGUCAUUCCUUCGUUAUCACCCGUUAUCACUCGCAAUUUGAGCAACUUCCAAGAGCGAGACGGCGUGGGCCACAUCUUGCUGGACAACGAAAAAACUCGCAAUUCCCUUUCGCUGAAAAUGAUGGACAGCAUCCAGCAGAACAUACUCGCCCACCAGGAUAAUCCCGCGGUUCGAUGCUUUGUCCUGUCCGCGAAGGGACACGUCUUCUCCGCUGGUCACAAUCUGAAAGAGCUCACCCCCGAGAAGGGGUCGGAAUUUCACCGGCAGGUUUUCGCCAAGUGUUCCGAACUUAUCGGUGUCAUUCUGAAGGCUCCGGUUCCGGUAAUCGCCAGAGUGGACGGUUUGGCAGCGGCCGCAGGAUGUCAGCUGGUGGCGUCCUGCGACAUGGUCGUUUGCAGCGAAGAGAGUUCCUUCUCGACUCCGGGGGCGAGUUUCGGGAUAUUCUGCUCGACGCCGGGAAUUGCGGUGGCACGUGCGGUUCCGCGCUUGAAGGCAUCCUACAUGUUGUUCACCGGACUGCCGAUCAACGCCCAGGAAGCACUGCAGGCCGGUUUGGUGAGCCGGGUUGUUCCCCGGGAGGAGUUGGAUGCGGAGAUUGAACGCAUUUGUGGGGCCAUCAAGUCGAAGAGUCGAUCGGUGAUUGCGCUGGGGAAGCGAUUCUUCUACGAGCAACUUUCGAUGGACAUUGGAAGGGCGUAUCGCGAGGGAGAGCAGGUGAUGGCUGCCAAUUUGGCGACUGCCGACGGGCAGGAGGGCAUUCGGAGCUUUGUGGAAAAACGGAAGCCAACGUGGAAGCACCAGUAGCGGACUGAACGGGGUGAGUCAAAGUUGAAAUUAUUGCAUUUAUUAUUGUUGAUUUUGGAAAACAUUUUUAUUUGAUUUUAAAA